CAGCAGCGGGGGGCGGGGCGGAGGGGAAGGGGCGGGGCGAGUCCCUCCCGGCGUGCCCCGCGCGGCUGACGGGCCUCAGUCAGUGGCGAGCGGCGGGCAAGAUGGCGGCCGAGGCGGACUCCUGGGACGCGGACAGCUUCGAGGCGCCCGAGGCGGCGUCAGCAGCGGCGGGGGCGGCGGAUCCCCUCAGCGGGCGCCUCCCGGCCGUGCCGGGCCGCGUCGACCGCUGGGCCGGGGAGGACGAGGAAGAGGACGUCAAGGAUAACUGGGAUGAUGAGGAGGAGGAGGAGGAAGAAGAAAAGGAGGCGGAGGUGAAACCAGAACCCAAAGUUUCAGAAAAGAAGAAAAUAGCAGAAAAAAUAAAAGAGAGGGAAAAACUGCAGAAGAAAAAGCAAGAGGAGAUUAAAAAAAGGUUAGAGGCAUCGGAAGAAUCUAAAGAGCUUCCGCCAGAGGAGGAGCAGCUGGCAGAGAAACUCCGGCUGCAGAAACUGCAAGAGGAGGCAGACCUCGAGUUAGCAAAAGAAACCUUUGGUGUAAAUAAUACGUGUGGAAUAGAUGCCAUGAAUCCAUCUUCAAAAGAUGACUUUACGGAAUUUGGCAAAUUGUUAAAAGAGAAAAUAACACUAUAUGAGAAAUCCCUAUAUUACGCUGGCUUUUUGGAAACAUUAGUUCGAGAUGUAUGUAUUUCAUUGGAAGUUGAUGACUUGAAAAAGAUCACAAAUUCCUUGACAGUCCUAUGCAGCGAAAAGCAAAAACAAGAGAAGCAAAAUAAAGCCAAAAAGAAGAAGAAAGGAGUGGUGCCUGGCGGCGGCUUAAAAGCAACUAUGAAAGAUGACCUGGCAGAUUAUGGCGGCUAUGAUGGUGGCUACGUACAAGACUUUGAAGACUUCAUGUGACGUUCCUCCUCCUCUUCCCUUCGGUUGUCUUUCUGUUGCCCAUAACCCCCUUCAAUGUGUAGCACAACUUCUUUCCUUUUAAAAUUCUGCCAAAUGCUACAAUCAAAAAGUGCAGUAUCUUUGUGCUGUCGGUUAGCCUGUUGACACUCUGCUGCUGAAGCGCUGGCAUGCCCAUUUGAUGCCAAGGGAGCAAAAUUAUGAGGCUCAAUUGUUUACUCAAUCAUAGGAAAUAACAGGACUUUAAAAAUAAUGUUUGACUUCAUCACAGUGGCAGCAGAAGCAGCACUGAAUUGGAAUUGGAUUUCAGCAAGGCCAAAAUCUUAUCAUUACCAGCAGUUUAGUAAUAACAGCCUUAACUGUACCUCUCUGACCGACUCCCUACCCAGACAACAAAAGCAGUUUGCAGCAAGGGCAUGGUGUGUAUUAUUAUUAGUAUUUUACAAAGAGAGGCUUUAUCAGACUAGAGCUUGAGGCUUUUCAGUAGGUGGGCCAAGUGGUCUGCAGGGAGGAUUCUGCACUUGGAAAUGCAUCUGUGGAAUUCCCCUGACAGGGGAGUGUGAAGGUGCAUAUAAGACAUUUAUUUGGGGGCAGAACAGGCCUGAUGUACACUUUUCUGACUCUUUGGGGGAAUCCUUUGCCACGUGGUUUUGGUGGCUGUAGUCGGGCUCUCACAGGACUCUGCUGUCUCUUUCAUUUACAGAAAUCCUGCUUAGCAAACUGCAACAGUUCUGACAGUUGGGCAAAUUGUUAUGUUAACAAUUAUGACAUCUGCAAUGUUUUAUAAAAGCAACUAAUUUAAUAAAAUCACUAUUGUGAGGACAGCAA